GCGUUGCUGUUGGGAGAAAUCGAAAAAGAGAAAGCCCAGAGUGCGCGUUUAGCUUCAGAAUUGCAAAGACUACGCGCUGAUGCGAGUUCAUCGCGCGCACCAAACAAGGAAGGGACGGUCGCAUCCAGUGACCGGGACCGCAUGAGCCCCGGGAUCACAGGUAAUUACUACCAGAGCAGUUUAUAGCACGCAUGGUGCAUGGAGUGGCAUGGAGUGCAUGGAGCACUUGCGCCAUUCCCACGCAUGGAGUGCAUGGGGUGGCCGCGUGUCACGCAUGGAGUGCAUGGAGCACGAGGUGGCGCGCUAGCCUCUGCCAUCAGCCGCUCCCCUCCUGUCGAUCGAUGGAGCAGCGGCGCAACGCAAAAGCGGCCCAGGACUGAGAGGCCCUCCCCCCUCGCCUGUCCGCUUUCUAUGGUUGCGGACCCAGUAGGGGACGCCACUGUGAGCCUCGGGCCGUUCCCGCUUGAGAGCCCGGCCUUCGACGAGCCCCCCGGCCUCCGGUUCUGCGGGGUACAUGCAGGAAAGGCGCCCCUUCAGCCCGGCAGACCCCGCCAAAAGGGGUCCCGCCGGGGCUGAGAGGUUCCCCCCUCGCCUUCCUAGGUCGGGGAUGGGUAUCGCGCCCUGGUUGAGCCCUGGGACACACAUACACAGCCCCCCUCUUCAGCUUUUUGCAUGGGUCAGCCCCGUGUGGUUGCCUAGAGCGGUGCAGCAGUAGCAAGGCCUGCUCCGGAAGAGGAGUGAACCCCCGAGGAUGCGACUUGAUGGGCCCUUUGCCGAAAUUUCCGGGCACCGAAGUGCCUGGCAACGACCACCAGGGGCAGCAAUGUGUGAAAGGGCGCCUAGACUGCCGGCCAGUGUGGGCGUGGUGCUUCGUCCUCGAGUCGACCGCCCCAUCGUCUCAUCGUUGCAGUACAGGGCUGUAGCGGACUAGUCUCGGGCAAAGGGGUGCCCGAAGGGCACCCCGCAAAAUUUUCACGCAUGGGGUGCAUGGAGUAGAAGUGGGGGCUGGCAAGAUUCUUGCCACUCCAUGCUACUCCUUGUGAUCCAUGCACUCCAUUAUGGAGUAACACUAUGCCAAAAGCGAACAUAGAAAAGUGGUUUUUUGGCCAAAAAACGCACAUGAAGCCCAGGGAUGAGUUGGGCAAUAUUCGUCUCAAAAUGAAAAAUUUUCAUUCUGAGACGAAUUAUGUACAAAAAACGCAAAAAAAGCGCUUUUUUGUACAUUAUUCGUCUCAGAAUGAAAAUUUUCCAUUUUGAGACGAAUACUGCCCAACUGAUCCCGGGGCUUCAUGUACGUUUUUUGGCUAAAAAACCGCUUUUCUAUGUUCGCUUUUGGCAUGGUGUUACUCCAUACACUCCAUGCCAUGCACGCCACGAAAGCUUAUAAAUUAUUCUGUUACUACUAGCACCUUUGAAUUCAAUUGAUAAAAGCAUUCAUCUGAUUGAUACCGACCAAAUACGAUUCAAGUGAGAGCACUGUUAGUGUAAUUCGUAAUAUAUAUAAAUAUUCUUGUUGGAAAGUUGGGAGUUGUAAAAAGUAACGAAUCUUUUGAUAACUGUCCUCCUGUGUUGUCCAGCAUCGCCGUCGAUGACGGAGGCUCCUGAUUCACCUGAGUUGGAUAACGGCACCACUGGAAUUACCCUAGUGCCCGCAGCGAGACCUCCUGCCGCACACCAUCAUCAUGGCAGGGACCAUGCCUUCGGUUCAUCAGCGAACAGAGGCCUCUCCUCGCCGCGUUCGUCAACGCCUUCCAUGUUGCAGGAGCGCUGCUUUCAAGCUGAGCAAAGAGCUAAGAUCGCUGAGGACCGCUUGUCGGAUGUAGAGCGUUUUGCGAAUCGACAUCGACAGGAUUUCGCGAGGAAACUUGAACGUCUUGAAGACGAGAAGAAGAAGUUGGAAAAACGCAUUCGGCAGCAGGACCAAGCGGCGGAACAGAUAGAGGACCUACAAAAACGAUUGGACUCUGCCCUCGCAGCCCGACGACGUGCAGAGUAUAGCAGUUGUAGAGGGAGGCAGAUGUUCAACAGCGGCACGAGCAGUUUUGGAGGGCCAGGAACAUCGGGGAUGAGCUCAGCAGGGCUAUCCUUUGGCAGCGGUGCUACGAGCAGUUACGGACCUGCCGGCAGUAGAGGAAAGCAGGCAACGCUGGAUGAGACGCAGCGCGAAACGCUGCGACAGCGCUUGCAGUUGUUGCAUCGUAAAAAGAGGGCGGGGUCUGAUGACAACACUGCACAGGGAAACUCUCGUGCAGCAGCAGAAGUUGUAGGAGAAUCAAGAGCGGGAGGAGGAGGAGGACAUUCCCAACAAGAGCGUGUUCGCCCCAAUGAAAUGCAUCAACAACAUCAGAGACCAGAUGACUUUCUUUCGGGUUUGGAGCUAAAAACUGCUGCUGACGUACAGGCAGCUAUUGCUGCCUGUGUGGUUCCACAAAGGCCUGGGGGACCCAGUUUCGUAGUCACUACAAGAAACGAUAUUCUUGAGGGCGGCGGAGGACAAAACGGAGGAACUGAAACAGCGGUCGCAAAAGCUCAUAGGACGCACGAUAGCCGACUGUUCCUAGACCAAAGCGGAAGUUUGCUCUCAGGUGGCAGCAGCAUUGAACAACAGCCACACGCAUUUAGUUCCGCUUCCGCUGGGAACAAACUGGACAUGGAUGUUGAGGGGCGUUCGCCCAGUCCGCCUUUGGUCUCAGAACAAGCAUUCUCUUCAGAAUCGCAAAUGGGUGUAAGGAUAGGCAGUGGUGGAGACAAAAUUGGUGCGUCGCGCAUGCGGCGCAAAGCGGGUUUGCCUGAUUGCUUUCACAGUAUCGCAUCGAAUGGGUCUACCCAGCAGGUGAUAAAUAACCGGCUCUACUCUCCGAGGGCCCAACAAAUUGUGACACCACCACAGCGAACGCGAAACUUAGCUAAUUUUUCGAACACGAUGAGUUUUUCGAGCUACCGUCAAAAAAUGAUGGGCAACACCGUGAACAGAAAGAGAAAAUACGCGAAGCACGCACACGAUGUCGACGUCGGUGAACCUGGUUGUAGUUUCAAUGAGGAUGAAGACAAGGAAAAUCAAGAGAUCAUCGUGGAGCCGCCUCCUUCUGGCCCAGGUGCAUCUAGGGCACAGCAAAAGCGAGAACUUCAACAUCAAGAUACGGCGCCGACCACCACUUUGUACGGGCACCACAGUUCUCGAGGGGCUCAGUUGCGUAGCUGCAGCAACAAGGCAACCUUCUCCGCGUUUCAGCAAGGCACAAGCUAUAUGGGCGCAGCAACGUUUGCGUCGUCUACCAAACGACACCGAAGUGCAUGCUCGCGCGAUCCGUCACCGUCAUCUCCCUUCUUUUGCGCUUCGGCGACGUCCUUCGUGUCGAAGAGUAGAAAUGGAUGGGCAUCCUCCUCCGCAUCUUUUCUUACGGCCAUGAAAACGAUCUUACACUGACCGCAUAUGUUGUUCUUUAUUUCCCUCAUGAUCUUCUAGUAUUUCUACCUAGGAACAACCUUCUGGUUCAGCAUGUGCUUGUGUCAUCCUCAUCUUCAUGUGUGAGAACGACACAAGUCAUAAUCGUUCUCUAAUUUCUGUAGUGGAUCUUCAACGAAGAAGCGCCCAUGGCUUCCCAUCGGUAACACGUCGUCUCCGGCAGUCUCUCCGCUCAGUUCGCCGCGCGGUGUCUUCGGAAACAUCGUGCGCCAGGGCUUGGUGAACGUGCCACCAAAACCAACUUUGCACAGCGCGCAUCACCUGUGGGGUUGA